AUGGAGAGAUUAAUCAAAGGGCAACAAGAAUUGUUUGAACAAUUAAGAAAAGCCGAGCGCAAUCUUAAGAAGGCGAACCAUGAGGUUCGGGCAAAAUCUAGUUAUCUGAUAGCAAGAAUGGAAGCGUUAAACAAGUUGGAAGAAGCUUUCAACCAGAAUCAUCUUGAAAUAGUUGCCAUAGCAACGGAGGAGCAAAUGGAAACGUUACAAUAUUUUCAAGAUGACUUACAGGAUAGCUUUCAAGAAUCUUUUAUACAAUACAAAGCUUUGUUAAAGGAAUAUCUAGAUUAUACCGAUCAAAACACGACUAUACAUGCGAUAGACGCAAAUGAGAAUGAAUCAAACAAAAAUCAAGGUAACUCUGAGGUGCAAUUACCUAGAAUUCAACUUCCUAUUUUCUCAGGAAAAUACACCGAGUGGCAAUCUUUUUAUGAUAUGUUUGUCUCAUUAAUACAUGAAAAUUAUACACUAUCAGCUGUUCAGAAAUUGCAUUACUUAAAAUCGAGUUUGUCUGGAGAACCUGAAGUGCUUCUGAGGAAUUUUGCUACUACAUCAGCUAAUUACAAAGAAGCAUGGGAGCAAUUAACUAAACGUUAUAAUAACAAAAGGUAUAACUGCAAUGCUAUAAUGAAGACAUUAUUUGGACAAAAGAAUAUACAACACGAAUCUGCGAAUUCCAUUAGACAUUUGUUAGACACAACAACUUCUUGCCUAAAGGCUCUUAAUAAUCUCAAUAUUGGUACGGAACAAUGGGAUGCAGUUAUAAUUCAUUUGGUAGUGUCAAAGUUGGAUCAUGAGUCACACCGACAGUGGGAAAAUUAUAUAAGUACCGCAUCAGAUGAAUUACCUAAAUGGUCUCAGUAA